UUGACAACGAGUGGCGACAACACCACCAGACAACCACCCAACAGUGGCUUUGCGAUACAGCAAGCCAGCCAAGACACACACCUGCCUCACACACCUGCCUCACACACCACCAACAACACCAAAGUCGCACGCUCACUCGUCGGCGCACACCCACGCAAGGGAUUUCACCUCUGUGUGUGGUGGGUCGGUUGUAACCGCCCUUGCUCGCACACCCGGGCAACAGCAAGGAUGGACGACAAACGCGUGCAGUGGGUCAUCUCCGAGGUGGCGCGGGGCCUCUCCGUGGAUCGCGCGCUUGUGGAGGCGGCCCUCGAGCCAAAGGCCGACCAGCCAGACGCAGAUGACGUCGUGGACGUGUUUGAGCGAUCCGUCCCCGGCAACUUUCUCUUCACGCGUGAGGUGACGCUGAAGGAAGUCGUUGUCACAGAUGAAGACCAGCAACCACAACAACAACAGCAACAGCAACAACAAGAACAAGCGCAAGAGCAACAAGAAGGCGAAGAAGACAAGGAAGGAGAAGCGCAGCAGCAGCAAAGCCAGGCCGAUGGCGACAAAGAAAGCGGCGCCAAGGGCCAAGACGAAGCAGGAGCAUCAACAACAACAACAGCAGCAGCAACAGGCGAUGGUGCUGGCGCAGCGCAGGAGAGCAAGCGUUCCUCCUCCGAUGUCGCUGCCAAAACCGCGCAAGCCAACGCGCAGGUGUCCCGUUCGAACCUUGGCACACCCAGCAUCAAAGUGGAGGACGAGGACGGUGACAAGAAGUCAAAGGAGGGAGGCACUGACGACAAGGCAAGCAAGGGCCCGCGCCCACCUUCUUCACGCGACAGCAAGAGCGCACGCGGGCGACGCCCAACACGCAGCCGACCAACCUCCUCUGUCCGUAGCAGCAAGCGCGCAAGCGCACGUGGCUCGCGCGGCAAGAGCGCCAGCAAGUCUCGCCGUAGCGAUGAUAGCGACAAGGCGCAGGCUGACAACAAAGACGCGGCCGCCAGCACCAACAAGCAGGCCGAGGGCACAUCCGCGGACCAAGCCAACAAAGACGGCAGCGCCGACAAGACCAUCGAGCAGGCCCUGGAGGAAGAGCUGGCAAGCGCAACCGUGCUCAAGACCAAGGUCGUGGAGGAGGUGCACGUGCGCCUGGAGGUGAACACGGUGCCCUCUGUCGCUGCAGAGUCGCAGUCCAUGUACUUUUUCAAGAUCACGCCCCGUGAGCUGCCUGCCGUCAAGGAUGCCUCGGAGGCGGAGGAGAUGCUGUCCAAGGAGCUGCAGUAUGGCGUGCUCGGCCGCAACUCCCUCAAGAUGCUCGAUCACAUUAUCGGCAAGGUAUAUCUGCCGAUGCUUGAGGGCAUCCGGCAAUAUGAGGAGCGCCAGCGCCAGCGACAGGAGGAGGAUGGCGGUGCACUCUCUGCACAGCCCAGCACGAUGGGCGACGAUUUUUUGGUCACCCUGCGCCGGUUCAGCCAGCACCUGCGCCGCACCAUCACGCACGUCGAGGGCGAAGUCAAAAUUGACUUUCCAUCCAACCUGCCCGACAUGAUUGAGAAGGCCAGGGGCUGCUCAAACGCUGAGGACCCCGAGAUGCUGCGCCUGACGAGCGUAGUUGAGGAAUGGGAUGCGGUCAUGGAGGGCAUCCUGGACUCCACGCAGAAGCGCGAACCCGCCGGCCCCGGGCCCCAGGCGGAGAUUGAGUACUGGGCCGAGCAGAACGCUACCCUCACCGCCCUGGCAGAGCAGCUCGAACGCAAGCAGGUGACGCAAGUGCUUGAUCUGCUGCGCAUGGUGCACUGCCCCGAGUUGGAGGCGUACGACUUCCACGCCGCCCAGCUCGCCAGGCGCCGUGCCGAGGCAAAGGACAACGUCAGGUUCCUGUCCACCCUCGAGCGGCAUUUCAAAAACAUUGCACAGGCAUCCACCUUCGACCAGGCCUCAGAGCAUUUGCCGGCGCUGAUGAAUGCGCUGCGGAUGGUGUGGGUCAUCUCCCGCCACUUCAAUACAGACGCAAGGAUGGUGCCUUUGAUGGAGAGGAUUGCGUGGAUGAUCCGCAACAAGGUGUCACGACUUGUUGUGCCGAAGGUGCUGCUGCGCCAGAACACGCCCCAGCAGGCCAUGGACCUGUGCGCAUCUGCUCGCAAGUUCCUGCACGCGUGGGAAGACAACUACCUGCAGGUCCGCGAGAAGAUUGAGACGCACGGGCGGGACGCGCGCUGGGAGUUUGAGCGCUCGCGGCUGUUUGGAGCGACAAACUACAUGGCGGACAUCUGCGACGACCUGUACAACAUUGGCAAGGUGCUGCAGGAGUUUUACAACAUCUUUGGGCAGGAGCUCAAGUCUGUCACGGGCAACCCGCAACUGAUUGAGGACGUGGUGAAGCGUGUGGGCAGCAUGGUGGACUUUCUGUACACGCUCCCCUUUGACGCGUUCGAUCAGGAGCAUGCUGAGGACUGGAAGCAGUGCAUGGACUCGUUCAACGAGGAAGUGAAGACGAUUGAGAGCGAAGCUGUGUACUUUAUCGAUACGUCGUUCCGCACACUCCGCAGCGCAGAGGGAGCGUUUGACAUGCUGCAGAACUUCCAGCACAUUCGCUCGCGGGACACUAUCAACACCCAGCUCGCACAAAAGUACAACGACGUCCUCAACAAGUUCUGCCAGGAGGUGACGGAGGUUGAGACGAUGUUUGACAAGCACAAGGACAACCCACCGCGUGCGCUGAACUUGCCGCCCGUGGCGGGUGCCAUCAAGUGGGCGCGCUCUCUCUUUGAGCGCAUCAAGGCCACCGUGCUCAAGUUCCAGACACGCAAGGGCAUGCUGGAGUCUGAGACGGGCAAGAAGACGGCGGAGCUGUACCUGACUGUGGCCAAGCGCAUCCGCGCGUACGAGAAGACGCUGCACAAGACGUGGUUCAACGAGACGGAGGAGAUGCUGCCAGCCCUGCUGCGCCAGCACGUGCUGUCGCUGGACACGGCGCGCAUGGCGCAACUGCGCGCUGAAGCGGAGGCAGAGGAGCUGCGAGCAGCACAGGCCGCUGCCGACAAUGGCGACGGUGACGGUGGUGAUGGUGAUGGUGAUGGUGAUGGUGCAAACGCGAACGAGGACCGCAACAGCACGGCAAACAAGCGCAACAGCAUCAUCAACAACAAGCGGGGCAGCAUGAUGAACAGCAAGAAGCAGAGCAGCAACAGCAGCACGGCACUUGCAAGCCGCACGGCAAGCAUGCACCGCCUCAAGGCCAAAGGCGGCAGCCAGCACAGUCUGGUGAGCGGCCUGAGUGCGCAGCAGUCCGUGCACGUGGUUGAUUCUGACGGCAACACGCUUGAGAGCGGAUCGUUUGACCGUUUCACCCGCCUGAAGGUGAACUACGCACCACAGCUUCGCGAGCUCAUCAGCGAGGCCAAGCAGAUUGAUAUUCUGCAGUUGGACGUGCCGGAGCUCGCUGUGAACAUCACCCUGCAAGAGCAGAAGCACAUCAGCUUCAUUGACAGCCUCAAUGGCGCGCUGAGCAGGCUGCACGAGAUGCUUGCGUCGCUCACGCCGGCGACAGAGUCGCUGCUGCUUGACCACCUGACCAACCUGGCCGUGGUGGUGAUGCCUGGCCUGCAUCGCCUCAACUGGAACUCGCUCGGUAUCUCUGACUAUGCCGACCGCUGCCAACAGGCCAUCAGCACCUUUGAGGCCAUUCUCCUUCCCAUUGAGAAAAAUGAGCGCGACAUCAACGAGAUUCUGUACUCGUUCGAGACUGCGCGGCUGUUCCGCAAGUACGGCAUGUUCCCGGCAAAGGUGCGGGCGCUUGGGCGAACGCAGCGGGAGUCUGGCACCGCUGAGGACGCAGAGGGCGACGACAAGGACGAGAAUGGUGGCAGCAACACCGACGCAGAGACAGACACGGAGGGCGAGGCCAGCCCAACCCCGUCCACCAUGUCCUCCACAGCAGACGCCGUGCCAGAGGUGAAGGAGUAUGUUGCCUCUGUUGAGCGGUUCCGCGCCGUGACCAUGGAGCGCCUGGUCAUGCAAUACAAGUCCAUUGGACCACUCCUCACCAAGGUGGCCGUGCUUGUGGGUGCCGACUCAGCACACCGCCUGCCCGGCUACUACGCCACGUGGGAGCGUCGCAUCUUCACUGCGCUCGUGGACAUGGUGCUCAACAACCUGCGCACAGCCGUGCACCUCAUGACCAAGUCGCCCACGCCGCUGUUCCGUGUGGACGUGCGUUUGUCUGCGCCCGAGCUUGUGCUGGUGCCGUCAGCCGGCGAGCUGUACCGCAUGCUGCGUCGCAUGUUCCGCAGCCUGCUCGACAGCUUGAAGGGCUUCCUUCGCUGGCAGCACGGCACGUGCCAGCUCACCACGGAGCUGGUUGUGGAGGGCGAGGACACACCCAUCAUCUUCUCGUUCUUCGACGACGUCAACGCGCACCCGUCCGUGCUGGAGCAGAUGGCGGAGGUAGACACGACCAUCAAGACCAUGUUCGACUCCAUUGCAGGCUACCUCAGCCGCUGGAAGCGCUACUCUGCGCUGUGGAAGCUGGACAAGCACGGCAGCGUGGCCAAGUUUGCUGCGAAAAACCCGUCAAGCGCGCUUUACGACACGAAGCUUGGCUUCUACACGCGCCUCUCGGACGAGGUGAUGCAGCACAAGUCGACCCGCCGCAUCAUGUUUGUGGAGCUGUUCCUGCCGCCGCUCAUGGAGACAGUGUGCGACGGUGCGCUGUCGUGGGUGUCGUCGCUCGGCAACGCGCUCGCAACAAGCACGCAGGAGCGCGGGGAAGAGUUGCUUGCACGCAUGAACACGUGGUCCGAGGGCCUCAAGGCGGAGCCGUCCGAUUUGGAGGCGCUGAAACGCAUUCUGCGCACCAUGGGCGAGAUUCGUGAUGAGUCACUGGCCAUCCAGCUGCAGAUUGACGACCUGUCUGAGUGCCUGCGCACGCUGGACAAGUACGAGGCCGUCAGUGUUGACGAGGACCUUAGCUCGCUGAUUGAAAGCCUUCCCGGCGUUUGGGAGCGCCUUGUUGCGGAUGCGGAGGAGGUGGACGAUAACCUGAUUGCUGUCAAGUUCAAGUUCAGCCGCAUCACCACGUCGCAGGUCAAGGACUUUGUCAAGGAGACGGAGCAGCUGGCGGACACCUUCUUCAUGCAAGGCCCAGCAGCUGUUGGCGAGGACAUGGACAAAGGCCUGGAGCUGAUGGAGGAGUACAAGGAGAAGCUGGCUGCAUUUGACGAGCGGCGCGCGGGCCUCUCUGAUGCGCAGGUGCUGUUUGGCCUCAAGGCGCAGCCAUACGAGCAACUCAACGAGAUGAAGCGACAGAUGGAGGUGCUUGAGGUCAUCUACUCUGUGUAUGAGGAGCAGAAGCAGGCACGCGACGAGUGGGCGCAGACGCUGUGGUCGGACCUGCACAUGGAUGUGCUCGAGCAAGGCAUUGACGGCUUUGCCACGCGCGUACGCCGCAUGCCUGACCACGUGAAGGAGCACCCGCUGUGGCAGGUGCUCAACAAGCGCAUUCGCGAGUUUAAGGACACGCUGCCCUUGCUGACGGACCUCAAGUCUGAGGCGCUUCGUGACCGUCACUGGAAGCAGCUCAUGGAGGAGACGAAAAUCAAGUUUGACAUGAAUCCAAACACGUUUACGCUGGCGAAGCUGUUUGAGAUGGAGCUGCACCGCUUUGAGGAUCUGAUUGGCGACAUCACGACAGCGGCCAUGAAGGAGCUCAACAUUGAGAAGGGUCUCAACGAGGUGAAGGAGACGUGGCGCAAGACGGAGUUCAACUUCGUCAAGUACGUGCAGGGCGAGCAGGAGCGCGGGAUUGUGCUUGGCGCCACGGAUGACAUCAUCCAGCUGCUGGACGACAACGCCAUGAACCUUCAGACGGUCGCAGCCUCGCAGUUUGUUGGGCCCUUCCGCGAGGAGGUAACGCGGUGGGAGAAGAACCUGUCCCUGGUUGGAGAGGUGAUUGACGUGUGGAUUGUGGUGCAGCGCAAGUGGAUGUACCUUGAAGGCAUCUUCAAGGCCGGUGACAUUCGCCAGCAGCUGCCUGCAGAGGCGACACGCUUUGAUGGCAUUGACAAGGCGUUUAAGAAGAUUAUGGCUGACGCUUCUCAGCGCAAGAACGUCGUCCAGACUUGCACUACGGACAACAAGCUUGAGACGCUGCAGCGGCUGCAGAGUGAGCUGGACGCGUGCCAAAAGUCGUUGAACGACUACUUGGAUGCAAAGCGAAACGCGUUCCCGCGCUUCUUCUUCAUCUCUGACGACGAGCUGCUGUCAAUCCUCGGCUCGCACGAGUGCACGUGCGUGCAGGAGCACAUGAUCAAGAUGUUUGACAACAUCUCCCAGCUCAAGUUCAGCAAGACGACAGCCAAGGGCAUGAUCUCUGCCGAGGGGGAGGAGAUGCUGUUCAAGACGCCCGUGACGGCUGAGGGCCGCGUGGAGGAGUGGAUGACAGCGGUGCUGCAGGAGAUGCGGGCGACGAACCGGCUCAUCACGAAGGAGGCCGUGUUCCGCUACGGCUCUGACGGCCUCAAGCGCACUGAGUGGAUCACACAGUACCAGGGCAUGGUCGCCCUCGCUGGCUCUCAGGUGUGGUGGACGUGGGAGGUUGAGGAUGUGUUCCGAAAGGUGGUGGAGGGCGACAAGAAGGCCAUGAAGACGUACAGCAAGCAGCUGAACAAGCAGAUUGACGACAUGGUGGUGAAGGUCCGGUCAGACCUCUCCAAGAACGACCGCAAGAAGUUCAACACCAUGCUCAUCAUCGACGUGCACGCGCGCGACAUUGUGGACGGGUUUGUGCGUGACUCCAUCCUCGACAUUCGCGAGUUUGAGUGGGAGUCGCAACUGCGCUUCUACUGGAUGCGUGACGAGGACAAUUUGGUGAUUCGCCAGUGCACCGGCAACUUCAACUACGGCUACGAGUACAUGGGCCUCAACGGACGUCUGGUCAUCACACCGCUGACAGACCGCAUCUACCUCACGCUGACUCAAGCGCUGUCCAUGUACUUGGGCGGUGCGCCUGCCGGCCCGGCUGGUACCGGCAAGACGGAGACUGUGAAGGAUCUCGCAAAGGCAAUGGGCCUCCUCUGCGUCGUCACAAACUGUGGUGAGGGUAUGGACUACAAGGCCGUGGGCAAGAUCUUCUCUGGCCUGUCGCAGUGCGGUGCGUGGGGCUGCUUCGACGAGUUCAACCGCAUCGACGUGUCUGUCCUCUCCGUCAUCUCAACACAGCUCCAGACCAUCAAGAACGCCCUCGUCAUGAACCUCGAACGGUUCCACUUUGAGGGCACCGAGAUUGCGCUCGACUCGCGUGUUGGCAUCUUCAUCACGAUGAACCCUGGCUACGCCGGGCGAACGGAGCUGCCAGAGUCCGUCAAGGCCCUCUUCCGCCCCGUCGUCGUGAUUGUGCCCGAUUUGCUGCAGAUUUGCGAGAUUAUGCUCUUCUCCGAGGGCUUCCUGGAGGCAUCAACGCUGGCCAAGAAGAUGACAGUGCUGUACAAGCUCGCCAAGGAGCAGCUGUCCAAGCAGUACCAUUAUGACUUCGGUCUGCGUGCGCUCAAGUCUGUGCUGGUGAUGGCUGGCCAGCUGAAGCGUGGCUCCCCCGACCUCGACGAGGAUGUGGUGCUGAUGCGCGCCCUUCGCGACAUGAACCUGCCCAAGUUUGUCUUUGAGGACGUGCCUCUCUUCCUCGGCCUCAUUGCUGACCUGUUCCCUGGGUUGGACUGCCCGCGCGUGCGCUACCCGGACUUCAACGACGCCGUAGAGUCAGUUCUCGUCAACAACAAGUACAUCUUUGAUGAGCACCAGGUGGACAAGGUUGUGCAGCUGUACGAGACCAUGCUCACGCGCCACACCACCAUGGUUGUGGGCAACACUGGCGGUGGCAAGUCUGUUGUCAUCAACACGCUCGCUAAAGCGCAGCGCAAGCUCGGCCUCCCCACAAAACUCUACACUCUCAACGCAAAGGCGAUCAACAUCUCUGAGCUGUAUGGUGUGCUUGACCCGAUCACGCGCGACUGGACAGACGGCCUCCUCUCCCGCAUCUUCCGUGAAAUCUGCAAACCAACCGACAAGCACGAGAAGCGCUAUGUUGUGUUUGACGGCGACGUCGACGCGCUGUGGGUCGAGAACAUGAACUCAGUCAUGGACGACAACAAGGUGCUCACGCUGCCCAAUGGUGAGCGCAUUCGCCUCGCCUCACACUGCGCCCUGCUGCUGGAGGUCGCCGACCUGCAGUAUGCGUCGCCCGCCACCAUCUCCCGCUGCGGUAUGGUCUACGUGGACCCCAAGAACCUCGGCUAUGACCCAUACUGGCAGCGCUGGCUCGUCGCGCGCGAGAAGGAAUCUGAUCGCGAAGUCUUUGCGGAGCUGUACGAGAAGUACGUACACACGUGCAUUGCGCGCAUUCUGGACGGCCUGGACGAAGGAAAGCCCGUGGAGCGAUUGCGCAACAUUGUGCCCCGCACCAACCUCAACAUGCUGGAGCAGCUGUGCAAGCUCAUUGACGCGCAGCUGCCCAACGACAGCCCGCACACGGACUACGCCACGCUUGAGGCCGUGUUUGUGUCCUCGCUCGCCUGGUCCAUGGGCGGCUGCCUGCUGGAGAACGACAGGGUGAUUCUCGACAAGCUCAUCAAGCGCCUCUCUGGCCUGCCGCUGAGCGCGGGCACGGCUGGCGCGGGGUCCUUGCCCAGCGACCACCCGACGCUGUUCGAGUACUACUUUGACCUUGAGCAGCGGCGCUGGGUGCCGUGGUCUGACACCGUGCCGGAGUAUGUGCACGACCCGCACAAGCCGUUCCACGAGAUUCUGGUGCCGACGGUGGACACGGUGCGCACGUCCUGGCUGCUCAAGCUCAUGACAGACAUCCAGAGGCCCGUGCUGCUGGUUGGCGAGACGGGCACGUCCAAGACGGCGACCACCACCGCCUUCCUCAACUCGCUCGACGCACAGCGCAAUCUGGUGCUGAACAUGAACUUCAGCAGCCGCACCACGUCCAUGGAUGUGCAGCGCAACCUGGAGGCCAACGUGGAGAAGCGCACCAAGGACUCGUACGGCCCCACGCCGGGCAAGCGGCUGCUGGUGUUCAUUGACGACAUGAACAUGCCGCAGGUGGACACGUACGGGACGCAGCAGCCCAUUGCGCUGUUGAAGCUGCUGCUUGAGCGUGGCGGCCUGUACGACCGUGGCAAGGAUCUCAACUGGAAGAACAUGCGCGACCUUGGCUACGUUGCCGCCAUGGGCAAGCCCGGUGGUGGACGCAACUCCGUGGACCCGCGCUUCCUCACCCUCUUCUGCGUGUUCAACAUCACCUUCCCCUCGCAAGAGUCGCUCAACCGCAUCUACUCGAGCAUUCUUGGCGGGCACCUGCAGGCCUUUGACGCCAGCCUGCACAAGCUCACCGACGUGGUGACGCAGGCCACCAUGACCCUGUACCAGGACGUGGUGUCCGCGCUGCCGCCAACGCCCUCCAAGUUCCACUACAUCUUCAACCUGCGCGACCUGAGCCGCGUGUACGAGGGCCUGUGCCUCACCACGCCAGACCGCUUCACCACGGAGGACCAGUUUGUGCGCGUGUGGCGCAACGAGUGCCUGCGCGUCUUCCACGACAGGCUGAUCAACAAGGAGGACAAGAAGCAGGUGCAGGCCUUGGUGGAGAAGAUUGUGACGUCCCUGUUCUCAAAGUCGAGCACAACGGCAAUGCGCGAGCCCUUGCUGUACGGCGACAUGCGCCACGCGCUGGACCCGAGCAAGCCCCGCCUGUACGAGGAGUUUGACAGCUACGAGGAGGCGAAGCAGGUCUUUGACAACGUGCUGGUGGAGUACAACGAGACGCACACCAACAUGAACCUGGUGCUGUUCGAUGACGCGCUGGAGCACUUGAUGCGCGUGCACCGCAUCCUGCGCAUGGACCGCGGCCACGCCCUCCUCGUUGGUGUCGGCGGAUCUGGGCGCCAGUCCCUCGCGCGCCUGGCCACGUUCGCUGCCGGGUACGAGCUGUUUGAGAUCACGCUCAGCCGCGGCUACGGCGAGGAGGAGUUUAGGGAGGACCUCAAGUCCCUGUACAACAUGGUUGGGAUUGAGCGCAAGAAGAUGACGUUUCUGUUCACGGACGCGCACGUUGCGGAGGAAGGCUUCCUCGAGCUCAUCAACAACAUUCUCACGUCCGGGAUGGUGCCCGCGCUGUUUGAGGACGAGGAGAAGGAGGGCAUCAUCGGGCAGGUGCGCGACGACGUGCAGAAGAAGGGGUUGGUCCCCAACAGGGAGACGUGCUGGAACUACUUUGUCAGCCGCUGCGCCGACAACCUGCACGUGGUGCUGGCCAUGUCCCCCGUCGGUGACAAGCUGCGCACGCGCUGCCGCAACUUCCCUGGCCUGGUCAACAGCACGGUGAUUGACUGGUUCCUGCCGUGGCCCACGCAGGCGCUGUACGCGGUUGCCUCGGUGUUCCUGGGCAGCGGGGACGAGGCCAACGAGAAGGCGGCGCUGCUGCCGCAGGAGAACAGGGAGCAGAUUGUGCAGCACUUUGUGCACGUGCACAUGAGCGUGACAGAGUACAGCCGCGAGUUUGAGGCGCGCCUGCGCCGCAGCAACUACGUCACGCCCAAGAACUACCUCGACUUUAUCUCGUCGUACCUCAACCUGCUGGACAAGCAGGACAAGUUUGUGCAGUCGCAGUGCGACCGCCUGGACGGCGGCAUGUCGAAGCUGAUCCAGGCAGGCAAGGACCUCGACAUCAUGAACACCAAGCUGGCGGAGCAGGAGAUCACGCUCAAGGCGAGCACGGAGGCGUGCGCGAAGCUGCUUGAGGACAUCUCCAUUGCACGCGAGGAAGCAACGCGCAAGCAGACGAUGGCCGAGGCCAAGGCCAAGGAGAUUGAGGUGCAGUCUGCGCAGAUCCAGGUGGAGAAGAAGGAGGCGGAGGAUGCGCUUGCCGUUGCGCUGCCCGCGCUGGAGGAAGCCCGAAACGCCCUCAAGGGCCUGGACAAGAACGACGUGACGGAGAUUCGCUCGUUUGCAAAGCCGCCGGCCGCCGUGCAGACGGUGUGCGAGUGCGUGGUGAUUAUCAAGGGCGGGAAGGACGUGUCGUGGAAGGCGGCCAAGGGCAUGAUGGCCGACCCCGGGUUCCUGUCCUCACUCAUGACGCUGGACGUGGACGGCAUCAAGUCGAAGCAGGUCACCGCCGUCAACUCCAGCCUGAAGAAGGCGGACCUCUCCCUGGACAAGAUGAAGGACAUCAGCACGGCCGGUGCGGGGCUGCUCAAGUUUGUGCAGGCUGUCAUGGGCUACUGCGCCGUGGCCAAGGAGAUCAAGCCCAAGCGCGAGCGCGUGGCGGAGCUUGAGCGCACGUUCCACAAGGCGAAGCGGGACCUUGACCGCAUCCAGAAGGAGCUGGCAGCGCUGGAGGCCGAGCUGGAUGAGCUCAAGCGCAAGUACGAGGAGGCGACGAGCGAGAAGAUGAAGCUCAAGGAGGAAGCCGAGAUUAUGCAGCGGCGGCUGGUUGCUGCAGACAAGCUCAUCACGGGCCUGUCCUCGGAGAAGCAACGGUGGAAGGAGGAGCUGGCGGAGCUGCGUGCGAAGCGCGUGCGCCUGCUUGGCGACUGCCUGCUCGGCUCUGCCUUCCUCUCGUACGCGUGCGCGUUCAACUUUGAGUUCCGCCAGCGCAUGCUGUACAGCGACUGGCUGGAGGACCUGAAGAAGCGGCAGGUGCCUGUGAGUCCGGACUUCAGCCUGCAGGCGCUGCUGACGACGGAGGUUGAGGUUGCACAAUGGGGCUCGGAGGGCCUGCCGCCGGACGAGCUGUCCGUGCAAAACGGCAUUUUGACGACGCAGGCCAGCAGCUUCCCGCUGUGCAUCGACCCGCAGCAGCAGGCGCUCAAGUGGAUUCUGGAGCGGGAGAAGAAGCACAACAUCAAGGUGUGCACGUUCAACGACCCAGACUUUUUGAAGCAGCUUGAGCUGGCCAUCAAGUACGGGUUCCCGUUCCUCUUCCGCGACGUGGACGAGUACAUUGACCCGGUCAUCGACAACGUGCUGGAGAAGAACAUUCUGGGCACGGCCAAGCGGCGCUACGUUGUGCUCGGCGACAAGGAGGUGGACUACGACCCCAACUUCCGGCUGUACCUCAACACGAAGAUUGCCAACCCGCGCUACCCGCCGUCCGUGUUUGGCAAGGCCAAGGUCAUCAACUACACGGUCACACUCAAGGGCCUGGAGGACCAGCUGCUGAGCGUGAUUGUCGGGUUUGAGCGCCGGGAGCUUGAGGAGAAGAGGGCGGAGCUGAUUCGGGAGACGUCCGAGAACAAGACGCUGCUCAAGGACCUUGAAGACACGCUGCUGCGCGAACUGGCUGCGUCCACGGGCAACAUGCUGGACAACGUGGAGCUGAUCCAGACCCUGGAGAACACCAAGAGCAAAGCGGCGGAGGUGCAGGAGAAGCUUGACCUCGCGUCGACGACGGCACAGGAGAUUGAUGAGAUUCGAGACGGGUACCGGCCCGCAGCCAAGCGCGGCGCCGUGCUCUUCUUCGUGCUGUCUGAGAUGUCUGCCAUCAGCUUCAUGUACCAGUACUCGCUGGCGUCGUAUUUGGAGGUGUUUGACCAGUCGCUGCGGCGCUCGCUGCCCAGCACCAUCCUCUCCAAGCGGCUGCAGAACAUCAUCGACACGCUCACGCAGAACGUGUACAACUACGCGACGACGGGCCUAUUUGAGAAGGACAAGCUGCUCUUCUCGUUCCAGAUGACGGUGAAGCUGCUGGAGGCGGAGGACAACAUGGUGCCCGCUGAGCUCGACUUCUUCGUCAAGGGCAACAACAGCAUUGAGAAGGUGGCGCGGCCAAACCCGCACGAGUGGCUGCCGGACAGCGGGUGGAAGGACAUCCAGAAGCUGAUUACCGUGGACAAGGAGGCCUUUGGCAAGCUUGCGGACGACGUGGCGUCGAAUGGCGCCGUGUGGGAGGCGUGGUACACGAGCGAGGCGCCCGAGCGUGGGGACCUGCCCAUGCGCUACAGCGAGAAGCUCACGUCGUUCCAGAAGCUGUGCCUGCUGCGCUGCUUCCGGCUCGACCGCAUCUACCGCGCCAUCACGGACUUUGUGACGGAGCACAUGGGCGAGCGCUUUGUGCAGCCGCCCGUUGUGCGCUUUGAGAACGUGCACGAGUCCUCCUCGCCCACGGCGCCGAUUGUGUUCAUCCUCAGCCCAGGGUCGGAUCCUGCCGGGGACCUGCUGAAGCUUGCGGAGAAGACCGGGUUUGGCGGGAACAGGCUCAAGUUCCUCAGCAUGGGCCAGGGGCAGGGCAAGAUUGCGCUGCAGAUGCUGGAGACGGCUGCGCAGCGCGGGCAGUGGCUCAUGCUGCAGAACUGCCACCUGCUUGUCAAGUGGCUGCGCGACCUGGAGAAGGCGCUGGAGCAGAUUACCAACCCGCACCCGGAGUUUAGGCUGUGGCUGACGACGCAGCCGACAGACAAGUUCCCCAUUGGCAUUCUGCAGCGCUCGCUCAAGGUGGUGUCUGAGCCGCCCAACGGGCUGAAGCUGAACCUGCGCGCGACGCUGACCAAGAUCAGCGACGAGGGGCUGAGCGAGGAGGCGUGCCCGCACCCUGCGUUCCCCUCGCUCGUGUACACGCUGGCCUUCUUCCACGCUGUUGUACAGGAGCGCCGCAAGUACGGCAAGGUGGGCUGGAACGUGCCCUACGACUUCAACGAGAACGACUUCCGCGUGUGCAUGGACAUUAUCCGCACGUACCUGAACAAGGCUGUGGAGAACGGGGACGAGAAGCUACCGUGGGGGUCGCUCAAGUACCUGGUUGGGGAGGUGAUGUAUGGCGGGCGAGCCAUUGACAGCUUUGACCGCCGCGUCCUGCGCACGUACAUGGACGAGUUUAUGGGCGACUUUAUCUACGACACGUUCCAGCCGUUCCACUUCUUUGUGAACGAGGAUGUUGACUACACAAUCCCGCAGGCCACCACGCGGCAGGAGUUUUUGGACUACGUGCAGACGCUGCCGCUGGCCAACGGGCCGGACGUGUUUGGGCUGCACCCGAACGCGGAGAUUGGGUACUUCACGGACACGGCGCAGCAGAUCUGGCAGCAGCUGGUGGAGCUGCAGCCGCAGACGGGCAGCACGGGCGGCGGCAUCUCGAGGGAGGAGCACAUUGCGCAGACGGCGCACGACAUUCAGGCGAAGCUGCCGGAGCCGUUUGACCUGGAGCGGGUGAAGCGCAGCUUGAACAAGCCGCCGACGCCGACGCAGGUGGUGCUGCUGCAGGAGCUUGAGCGGUGGAAUGCGCUGGUGACGACGAUGAGCAGGUCGCUGAGCAACCUGCUGCGCGCGCUUGCUGGCGAGGUUGGCAUGAGCAAUGCACUGGAUGAGCUGGCGCAGUCGCUGUUCAACGGGCAGCUGCCGGGCAUGUGGCGGCGCCUGGCGCCAGACACACUGAAGAAGCUUGGCGACUGGAUGACGCACUUUGAGGCGCGCCUUGCGCAAUACCAGCAGUGGGUUGAGGGCGGCGAGCCUACGGUGAUGUGGCUGUCUGGCCUGCACAUCCCGGAAUCCUACCUGACUGCACUGGUGCAGACGACGUGCCGGCAGAACAAGUGGGCGCUUGACCGCUCCACGCUGUACACGACGGUGACGUCGUUCCUGAGCGAGGAGGAGGUGGAGACCCGCCCGCCGUCCGGGUGCUACGUGAAGGGCCUGUUCCUGGAAGGCGCUGCAUGGGACGAGGAGGCCAUGUGUCUCAAGGCGCAGCCGCCCAAGGUGCUGGUGAGCCCGCUGCCGAUUCUGCGCGUGAUUCCGAUUGAGGCGCACAAGCUGAAGCUGCAAGGCACGUUCCGCACACCCGUGUACACGACGGCGAACCGGCGUAACGCCAUGGGUGUCGGCCUUGUCUUUGAGGCGGAUCUGGCCACGCAGGAGCACCAGAGCCACUGGGUCUUGCAGGGCGUCUGCCUGACCCUCAAUGAAAGUUAACAAACACCAUAGCGCGCGUGUGUGUGUGUGUGUGUAGUGUGUGCAGUGUAUCGCGUGUAUCGCGUGUGUGCGUAGCUUGAGAGAGAAAGAGAAAGAGGGAGAGAGAGAGAGAGUGUGUGUGUGUGUGGUUGCUUGUUGUG